AUGUCUCACUUAUUUUAUAACUAUGAAUUUGCUCGCAGUUUGUGGAGAGCUUUCUGUGAAGGCUUCGAUGUGCAAUGGAAACCUUAUAUGGACAUGCCUACUCUUAUUGCUUGGUGGAAACAAACAGCAAAGAGUCUCCAUUUUAAAAAGGUGUGGAUUAGUGGCUUCUCCCUGGUUCCUAGUGUCAUAUGGCAGGAAAGGAAUGCAAGAAUUUUUGAGGGGGUCUCCAAAUCAUCUAGACAUUGUUUUGUCAUGAUUAAAAGUGAAAUCAGCCUCCAGAUGACCGCUGCUAUAGGGUCUCCUCUUUCAUUUAGCUCCUCAAUGUGUGCCAAACGAUUGGGGAUCUCUAGGGUGCGAUACAAACCAAGAGAGGUAAUGGAAAUUUGUUGGUGUCCUCCCCAAAGGGGAUGGGUGAAGCUAAACUCAGAUGGCUGCUCUUUGGGAAAUCCAGGAAAAGCAGGUGCAGGUGGAAUAUUUCGGAAUGAAAAUUCAGAAAUAUUACAGUUUUUUAGAACUUUUCUUGGUGUCCACACAAAUUUUGAAGCAGAGAUGAUAGCUGUUAUUACUCGGCUAGAAUUUGCUAGAGAUAUGGGUAUUACUCAUUUGUGGAUUGAGUGUGGCUCAGUAGCUGUAGUUUUGCUUAUAUCUAAGGGAAGAAUCCCUUGGGUUUGUCUUCAAAAGUGGAUGAGUUUAACCUCCUAUUUGAACUCUCUUACCUGGAAAAUCACUCAUUGUAUGCGGGAAGCAAAUCCUGUGGCUGAUUUCUUGGCAAAAACAGCAGCAAAAUUCGAAGUUUCUUCUCCUAUCCAAUCCUGGCCUGUGCUGAUUGCUAUAGAGUUGGAAGUGGAUUGUUAA